CCGAUAAUCCCCACUUCUGCAGCCGGUCAAACCUGCGCGGGAUGCUCCCACCAGGCAUCCGUAGCUACGCAUGCACUUUUACCCUCAAUUGAACCAUCCAAAGCCCACAUCCGGCACAUCCCUAAGCUCCAUCACUACCAGCCAUGGUUAAAGGGGAAAUCCUCACCUUCGGCGCUGCCGCGGGUGCGAUUGGCGGUGCCUACAAACUCGGCGAGUUCAUGCUCAGAGCCAAACGCCUUCGCGACGUUGGCCCCUCCAAUGCAGUCUACGUGCGCAUCAUCGGCCGCGUACGCUCCGAUCUCGAUGAAGUCAAGCGCCUCCUCUCUGUCCGCGAAGUCCAUGAUGCCCUCGAAUCCAAUCCCGAAAAGUCAAAAUGGGUAUAUGGAGCCAUGCGAGACGUGCGCGGCGCCCUCGAGAAUAUCACGCCACAUACUGAACGUGUUGGCGGCGAUGUCGAGGAUGGACGCCGCGUUGGUGUUAGGCAUCGUGUUUACUGGCUUGUCAGCGAGAAGGAGAAGCUGGAGAACAGGGAGAAGGAGCUGAACAUCGCGCAUGCCAGUUUGACAGAGGUCCUCGGCUACUUGACGGCUCUUGAGCCUGUCGAGGAGAAGCACAAGCCCAAGAAGUCGUCGUCGAAGAAAGACACCCACGUCGACAUCGACAUUGACAUCAAGCGCGACGCUCCUCAGCAUACCACCGAACGCGUCGAGAGAGACGUCUGGGUCGAGCGCGACGCUGCUCCCAGGAGGGUCGAGGAACACCGCGACGUCUGGAUCGAGCAUGAUCGCCAGGGCCCUCCUCCAGCUCACUAUGAAGAACAUCGCGACGUCUACGUCAACGAGCGGGAGCGCGGCCCCCAACACUACGAGGAGCACGACGUCCAUGCUCAGCACGGCCGCGAUCCCCGCUAUGAAGCUCAGCACAGCCGCGAUCCUCGCUAUGAGGCUCAAUACGACGAGCGUUACGAGCAGCACGAUCACUACGAACGCCGCCCGCAAUACCCCGAGGAGCGCCGCCAUGACGAACGCCCGUUCCCCGAGCCUCUUGGCCGCCGCCCGGAGUCUUUUGAGGACCGCCUCCCCGAGCGCGAUACCUGGAUGCAGAGCGAAGCGCGUAACCGAUCCCGUGGGGGCCAGGGCGGGCCUUAUGGACAGUACGCGGAGUACGGUGCACCCCAGCCUGUGGGAGCGGCCCAUUACCACCGUAGGUUUCAAGGAGACGCAGGCUUUGGUGAUGAAGAGAUACUGAAUCCCCAACCAGUGCCUUUGGACAGGAAGUAUGCGGAACGCGAGGUGAGUGGUCAUCGAUACAGCAAGCUGUAGUCAGCAAGAAGCUGAUUGUGGAGUAGAUGUGGAUUGAGGAAAAGGAGGAUUAUAGGUUCGAUGAGUAUGGCAAUAAGCUGCCUGAUAGGUACUUCCAACCCCCG